AUGGGUGAGAUACGCCAACGUCUGUCAAAAUGUCUCGAUCUGUUAAAAAAAGAAUGGUGGCUGUAUUUUUCUCAAAACGCGGAAUAUUGUCGACUAUCGUGCUUGAUAAAGAGAAGACUGUUACUGCCUCAAGUUUUAGAAGCGUUGAAAAAUGAGCGACCAAACUCAAGACUCGACACAUGGUUUCUGCAUCAGGACAACGCUCCCGCCCAUCCGGCUGGCAAAACUAUAGACUAUUUGCGUGAAGUUGGAGUGAAAUUACUGGGACAUCCUCCUUAUAGUCCAGACUUAGCGCCAUGCGACUUUGCACUUUUUCCUUAUGCAAAAAAAGCACUAAAAGGACGCAAGUUUUCUAAUGACGAAGAGCUUAUAGGCGCAUUUGAAGAGAUAUGUGGUAGUGUUUCAGAUGGUUUCUGGGGCGACGUAUUUAGUACAUGA